CAGCAAGUUCCACACACCUAAACGUCACUCUUACACACACUCCAUUUCAUUCAGAAAAUACUUCAAAAAUAAUUGAAAUCUUGUUCAUGCUGUAAGUAAUUAUUAUCUCCAUCAGCCUUAUCGAGUUCUAAUUUCUUGAAUUGAUCGACGAAGAUGGCGGGAGUUGCAAUUGUACUAGAUCUAUUGAGGAAGAAUCCGGGCUUGAAUGGCCAAACCCUUCAUUCCUCCGGUCUAUUUUCAUCUACUGUCGCCGCUUCAGCUGCCGCGGCAUCUGUCGCCGCCGGAACCCCUUUCGCUGCCAGGGCUUUCUUCGGUGACAGUGUGUCACGAGUUGCUCACUGCGAUGCUGGUUCAGCACUAAACGAAGAUUACAUUUCUAGUCUACGGACAGCAUCUGGAAAUAUCUUUCUGAAGGAUUCUUUGAAUUAUAAUACUAAGGAGUACAGUAUUGAGUUGAAACCUUUAUUCUCGGCAUUUCACUGGAGAACUCUUGCAUUGACAUCCCUGAGGUCGUUCCUGUUAUUCUAUUUGCCUCUCAUUGAGCCCCGUACAAAUAUGGAAGAUGACGACGAAGAUGAAGAUUUUCUACAGGAAACUCAAGGAGAGCGCCAUGUAGAUUUGGUCGUGCCUUUCAAAAAAUCGGUGAAGCAAAUCGUUCGCGAGAGCACCGUCUUAACCACAAGACGCAUUCUUGAAAGACUUGCAGUUCAUUAUAUCUCUCAGCGUAUGGCCUGGAAACUCCUCAAAGAUGUUCCAAAAUCAGCCACGCGCAAGGCUCAGAGGGGAAUGUCAACUCCAAUAUACAUUUUCAGCGUUAGCAGAACAACCUUCAGAGGACACUUCCUUGGAAUUUUAGCAUCGUGGCUCGUCCAAGUCGGAAUUGAUAUUUAUCGAUUCUUUUCUUCUGUGUCUAAAUCCGAAGAGGAGACCAGUGAGGUUGACAAAGCAGAACAAGUUCGAAUUCUUGGAAAGAAGGUUUAUGGUGUCACUAUAAGAUGUGGUUCGUCACUUAUAUUUGCAUCGGUUGGGGCCGGUAUCGGAGCUGCACUGUUUCGUCCUUCAGCGGGUCAAUGGAUUGGUUGUGCAUUGGGGGAUUUGGCAGGACCUGUUGUGGUUGCAUUUUGCUGUGAGAAACUUCAUAUAGACCUAUAGUUAUUCUGCACUUCUCAGUGGAAUAUUAAUAGUGAAUUGAAAAUUUGAUUGCCCUCAAUUAAUUAAAACCCUUUUUUUUUUUUUUUUUUUGCUGACCUUAUCCUUCAUGUUUUUGGUGAGGGAAAUCUCCUCCAAGCAAGUGGACUAGUGAAUGAAGAUAAAAUUGGUUGAUAUACAGUGUUUUUAUAAAGGAUAUUUGAUGUAGGGAAAACAUUUGUGCUGUGUAAACUUUGACUUUGACAUUGUAUGAACAAUAUUUGAGGCAGAAGGAUUGGUUGUUAAACAGUCGUAGGUUUGUGAGCUCUGCCAUUAGGGGUAGGUGUAAUCAGUUUCACUCUGACUGUCAUAUCAGUUACGAAUAUCAUGUCAAGUUGGAAGCGGUAUUUAGUCUA